UCAGCUGUGGGGAGGCAGCUCUCAGCUGUCACAGAGGGCUCAGCUGCAGCAGAACAGGACCUGUCCCAUCAGCGCUCCCCCCGCUUCAAACCACCGGAAACACUUGGUGUGUUUUUACGCAGCUGCUGCCACAAAGAAACAGUCAGAGGAAUUAAACAUCGAGCUGCUUCCUGUUCUUCAAGCAUCAACACAUCAGCUUCUGUGGACGUCGUGGGAAUAACUCCGCGCCGACCCCCUCAGUGCGUCACACUGGGACCUGCGAUCAGUGGAUCUGGGGCCCCACCGCAUUGGUGCGUGCGCGUGCGAGGAGGCUGAUGCCCGCGGUGGUGUGGUCAGAGGGGGAUGAGUCCGGCCAUGGAGGCUCAGGCCCAGGAGGCCAUGGAUGCAGCGCAGAAGCAGCUGCAGCAUCAGCAGUGCUGCAUGGACAAAGGGGUGAUGCUUGAGCCCUUUGUGCACCAGGUGGGGGGGCAUUCCUGCGUCCUGCGCUUUGGGGAGCAGACCAUCUGCAAACCCCUCAUCCCCCGCGAGCAUCAGUUCUACAGGAACCUGCCUGCUGCAAUGAGGAAGUUUACCCCCCAGUACAGAGGUGUGGUGUCGGUCAGCUUCGAGGACGAUGACGAAGGAAAUCUUUGCCUAAUCGCCUACCCCCUGAACAGUGAGCCAGCAGCAGAUCUAGAAAACAAAGACCUCUCAGCCGACUGUGAGCCGAAGAGUAAGAUGCUCAAAUGGGGGAAAAUGAUGGCGUCCUCAGUGCUUGUGGACAGCGAACAUUACAGCAACUUUCAAAAAGACAAGGACAAGAGUGCCCACAAGCUGCAGGACGACAUGGAGCUGGAGGCGCUGCAGCAAGCCGAAGGGCUGCAUUACAGACUGGAGCACAGUCACAGCAACGCUGUGCCACCGCUCAAACACAACCCCUGGAGCCUCAAGUGUCACCAGCAGCAUCUGCAGAAGAUGAAGGAGAACGCCAAGCACCGCAACCAGUACAAAUUCAUCCUCUUAGAGAACCUGACAUGGCGGCACUCGGUGCCGUGCGUGUUGGACCUGAAGAUGGGCACACGGCAGCACGGAGACGAUGCUUCUGAGGAGAAGAAGGCCAUGCAGAUCCGCAAGUGCCAGCAGAGCACCUCAGCUUUGAUAGGAGUCCGUCUCUGCGGCAUGCAGGUGUACCAUUCUGACACUGGGCAGCUGAUGUUCAGGAACAAAUACCUUGGCCGCAAGCUGACCUUGCCAGGGUUCAAAGAGGUUCUGUUUCAGUUCUUCCACAGUGGACGGCGUCUCCGCCACGAGCUGCUGACCCCGGUGCUGAGCAGGCUCCGAGAGAUGCAGGCCGUCCUGGAAGCCUGCGAGUCGUACCGCUUUUAUUCCAGCUCCCUUCUCAUCAUCUACGACGGAGCGCCUCACAGAAAACACUCGCGCCGAUGCACUGAAGACGGGCUCUCUGAAGAUGAAGAGGAGGAUGAGGACGAGGAGGUGGAAGCCGAACCUAAAAUGGAUGAGGAGGAAGACGAUGAGGAGGAGGCGGGGGAAGUGGCAGGUGCGCUUGGCUUUCCGCACAGCCCCUCCACAUCCAGCGCCAGCAGCAGCGGGAGCUCAGGGAUCAGCCAGGCUCGCCAGUCCCGGUCAGACCCCCACAGCCCUGUGGUGGAUGUGAGAAUGAUCGACUUCGCCCACACCACCUGCAGACAUUACAGAGAGGACAGUGUGGUCCACGAGGGCCAGGACAGCGGCUACAUCUUUGGUCUCCAGAACUUGAUCACAAUUAUCUCUGAGCUGCAGAACCACAGCACAGACUGAACCCUGAAAUAAAAACACAUAAAGGCACAAUAAGGAGAUCUUUGGCAGAACAGAGGCCCAGACGGUGCAAACCAGUCCAGAGACUCCUGCUCUUCAGAAUGGUUGUAGCUGGGGGUGUUUACACCUUCCUGUUUCUGCCACUGCUGCUUUUUGUUCUCACAGUUUGUCAUCAGGUUACAAAACAGACUUCAAGCAGCACAGAAAAGCCAACUGUGAGGACAACUGAUUGGUGUAAUCGCCGUGUUUCAACCCUCCUAACCAUCAAGAAGCAGGGUGGGCCGUAAUAAAAGCCAUUCAGAGCUUGGCAUGGUCGGUUUUUUAGUGUCAGGUUUCCAAAGAAAGUGUCAUUUUGCACAAACAGCCUGAAAGACGUUCAGCAGACGUUCAGACUGAGACGGGCCUACGAAAAGGAGCAAAGUUCUGUGUGAGGACAGAAAUAAUGUUCAACCUGCCAUUGCUCUCCCCCCGUUUGUCUCUUCUGUUCAUAUGUUUCUCAGAGAGCUGAUGUAGAGAGAUAUUUAUUUUGUUUCAUAGAAUAACUAAACAUUAAAAAAAGGGUAUGAAUGGAGAGUAAAACAUUCCAUAAUAUGAAUGUGACAAUAAUGAUAUGAAGUAAUAUUGUUAUUUGACAUGUUUGGAUACCUCAUUCUUGUUUGUGUUGUCCCAUAUUUUACUGAAGGGGAAUUAAAAUCUUUGUGGUAACAGCAGUGUUUUCUUCGUGUUUGCUGUUAUUAGAGUAGGUCAGGACGCAAA